ACGCAUGGAGAUAUUCUUGUUCUCAUAUCGAAAGGUUAGAUUUCAUAAAAAUAACAAUGAAACAGUUACUGAUUAUUGUAAUUAUUGUGGUGUUGGCUACCAUUGUUUGGGCUGAUUUGGAAAUUAAUAGUGAAUUGUAUGACACAUCAGAGAAUCUCCGUUUACAAAGGAGCCCAGACCCUGCAGGUGGUGGUUAUAGAAGUGGUGGAAGUCGAGGUGGAUAUGGCAACACAGGCUAUGGAGGUGGCUACAGCGGUGGAUAUGGAGGCCGUGGUGGAUAUGGAGGCCGUGGUGGAUAUGGAGGCCGUGGUGGAUAUGGAGGACGAGGUGGAUAUGGUGGACAGGGAUAUGGUGGUCAGGGAUAUGGUGGAUAUGGUGGAUAUGGUCGCUAAAUUUUAGAAUGUUUAUUACAUUAUGUUAAAGCUUAUUUUAUCAUUGUUUAUAAAGUGGAUACAAAAGUCUUGAGCUCCUCUA